AUGGCGUCCACAAACGGCUCCUCCCCUCCCGGCAAGGCAGUGGGCGACAUCUCGGACUCCUUCGCCUCUCUCUCAGGGAGGCAAGCCCAGCCUCUUUCCGACCGUUUCCGCGAGCUCAAACUGCGCCUGGUUGCGGGGCACGAAGACGCCGUCGUAGCAAGCUGGAAACGGCUGCUCGCAGCGCUGCGCAGAGAAAACGAGCUCAUCGCGCGGGCCGGACCCGCCAUCAUCCCCGAGGUCCGCUUCAGCCACCUGCACGCCGACCUCCGCGCACUGAAACCCGAGAUCCACAAGCGCGGCGUGGCCCUCAUCAGGGGCGUGAUCCCCGAGGACGAAGCCCGGGCGUACAAGUUCGAGAUCGAGGAAUACGUCCGCCAGAACCCGCACACCCGAGGCUUCCCCCCGUCUGCACCCCAAGUCCUAGAACUCUACUGGUCCCCGACCCAACUGCGCGCGCGGUGCCACCCGGCGCUGCUGCAGACCCAGACGGCGCUGAUGACGGCGCUGUGGCGCACGUCGGACCCGCGCGCGCCCGUCUCGCUGCGCACGCCGCUGUGCUACGCCGACCGCCUGCGCAUCCGGACGCCGGGCGACGCCGCGUUCGCGCUGGGGCCGCACCAGGACGGCGGCAGCGUCGAGCGCUGGGAGGAGCAAGGGUACGGGCGCGGAGGGGUGUAUGAGGCUGUUUUCAGCGGGCGGUGGGAUGCGGAUGCGGAUGCUGAUGAGGAGCAUGCGCCGGGGGGGUAUGAUCCGUUUGAUGCGGCGGGCAGGGUGCACGCGGUGACGGAUUUGUAUGGUGGGCUCGGCGCGUGCAGCAUGUUUCGCAUGUUCCAGGGGUGGUUGGCCAUGAGCAGGGCCGCGCCCGGGGAGGGGACGCUGCUGGUGAAUCCGCUGGUGAGGGAGAGCGCGGUGUACGCGCUGCUGAGGCCGUUCUUUAGGGCGCGGAAGGGGUUGCCGGAGGUCGGUGGGGACAAGGACAGGUUCUUGGAGGAAGGGAAUUGGGAGUUUACGGCCGGCGAGAAGAUGGACAGCGAGCUGCAUGGUGCGAUGCCCGGCUGUGCGCAGGAGUUUCCGGAGGGCUUGCAUCCGCAUCUGGAGCUGGAGAGGACGAUGGUGCACGUGCCGGAGGUACGGCCGGGGGAUUACGUCGUUUGGCAUUGCGAUACAAUCCACGCCGUUGACAAGAAGCACGGCGGCACGUCGGACUCGAGCGUCCUGUACAUCCCGGUGUGCCCGACAACCAAGGCCAGCGCCGAAUACGUGGCCCGCCAGCGCGCCGCGUUUCUGCAAGGCACGCCUGGACCGGAUUUCCCGGGUGGUGAGGGAGAAUCACGGCAUAUCGGGCGGGCCACCGAGGACUAUGUCAAGAAGUACUGCGAUCCUGUGGGUGUCCAAGCCAUGGGCCUUGGUAAGCUGGCUACGGUGGAGGGAGACACAGAGGGCGGAAAGGCGGCCGUUCAGCAGGCAAACGAGGUCCUGGGAUUUUGA